AUGCAGUCCGUUCCAUUACUGCUCAGACAGUCGUUACGAUCGAGCGUUCGAAUAUCAAGACCCUCUCACCCAAUACGGCCAUCAGCCCUCCCCGUUGCUGCUGGCCCCAAAGCUCUUCACAGCACCAACGGAGAGCCGAGGCGGACUUUCUCGGUUUGCCUACGAUGUCAAUUCCGCACACAACCAGCCGGCUUAUUUGCACAGGAGCCCGAUAAAUCACCGGAUGGGAAGGCUGAAGAGGAGCCGAAGAAAGAUGUAGUAUUCGCUAUGCCACCGCCGCCUAUGUCGGAGGGGUCGACAACUCAACAUGUAAUGACGGACGCGGGGAGCUCCGGAUCUCCCCAAGUUGCAGAGAGGGCACCUACACAGGAACAAGAAGGGAAGGGCAAGACAGCAUGGAAUGGAACGGAAAUGGGCGGUCUUCCGUCCUAUAUAGAGAAUCGCAGGUCGCAGUUUUCCAAGCAGUUUACCGAGAUGAUGGAUAACCUGCAGUCCAACGUUUUUGUCGCUGGUCAGCGAUUGAAUGACUUGACUGGGUAUUCGUCAAUUGAGACACUCAAGAAAAAUAUACACGAUCAGGAGGAACGACUUCGAGCCGCCCGCCUCCGAGUCAGAUCCGCAAAAGAUGCCUACGCAGACGCCAUAAAUAGACGUUCAGCUUCUCAGCGUGAAGUCAACGAGCUCUUGCAGCGUAAGCAUGCGUGGUCUCCGGUAGACCUGGAACGAUUCACACAUCUAUACCGCAAUGACCAUACCAACGAAGUUGCCGAGAACGAAGCACAGGAAGCCCUGUCGGCAGCUGAGCGCGAGGCAGAAGAAGCCGCAGCACAGCUCACCAAGAAUAUUCUUUCCCGGUAUCAUGAGGAACAAGUUUGGUCGGACAAGAUCCGGCGCAUGAGUACUUGGGGUACCUGGGGUCUGAUGGGGGUCAAUGUACUUCUCUUCCUCGUUUUCCAGAUCGCCGUGGAGCCCUGGCGCCGCAAGAGACUGGUCAAGGGCUUCGAGGAGAAAGUCAUAGAGGCCAUUGAGAGAGAAAAGGUCUUGAACCAGACACCGGCUGUGGCCGCUGCCACUGUCGAAGGCACUGUCGCUGCCUCCGAAGAGAACACACUCUCAACCGCCUCUGAGGCCUCCACCGAUACCCCAGCGCCCGUCGAACAAGUCCAUACAACCGAACCAACAGAAGAAGCAGCUGUUCCUGCAGAGACUACCACCACCACCACCACCACCACCACCACCACCGCCGCCGCCGCCGCCGUAGAAGAAGAUCUUUCCACCCCUAAGGACACAGUGGACGGCGCCGUGGAAUCCGACAUCCCACCACCGUUAGAGCUCUCGCCCUCCCCUAGCGCUGUCGACUCGUGCCGUCGAUACCUAUACGACCUUUUUAGUGACCGUACGGUAAUCCUCACGCAGCGCGAUCUUUCUACAGUCGCUGCGACCAGCGCUGCAGCCGGCGCGGCUGUGAUGGGUCUGGUCAUUGCCCUGAUUCGCCCACGGUGA